CUUGUUCUGAGCUUGAAUCUUGAUUUGUUUAUCUUUUAGUAGUUUGUCAGCGUGAGGCAAUGGUCGCGAGAAUCUUUUUGGAGAGGGCGCUGCGCGUGUGUGUGAGGGCUCGUUAAACACACAGACGUCUCAAGUGUCGGGUGCGCGCUAAUGAAUAGACUUCACUGAAUUGAUUUUUAUAUUUAGAGCUUUAAUGCGCCUCUUCUCCCAACGGAAACUAGUGGACAGCGCGGCAGAAACGGACGCACGCAGCGACCCUGCAGCAUGGCAUUUUUAUGACAUUUAAAGCUCCAGUAAACAUACGGACAGCUCGGAGAGGAGACGCUGACUGGAUAAUAAAUAAUUGUAUGUGCUUUCUAACGAUUUUCGUUGUGCUAACGCGGUGUAAACUCCUGCCGGUGACAAAAUGAUGGCUGGCGGAGCAGUUCAGCAGAACGGGGUCUUAUCCAGUCCUCAGCACCUUUCUCAGUCGCCACACAUGGACCAGGAUCUCUCCGAUUCCCGAAAGAGACCCCUGGAAACACCGACCGAGGCGAGCAAUACCAAGCGCUCCAACACCGGAGAGGAGGGUGAAUAUUUCUUGAAGGUGUUGAUUCCCAGCUAUGCUGCUGGUUCAAUCAUCGGUAAAGGGGGUCAAACCAUCGUCCAGCUUCAGAAAGAGACUGGAGCCACCAUCAAACUGUCCAAAUCUAAAGACUUCUACCCAGGUACAACAGAGCGUGUUUGUUUGAUUCAGGGUACAGUGGAAGCUCUGAAUGGAGUACAUAACUUCAUCGCUGAAAAAGUUCGUGAGAUGCCUCAGAGCAGUCAGAAGACCGAACCUGUCAGCAUUCUCCAGCCACAGACUACUGUUAACCCUGACCGUGUUAAACAGGCUAAACUGAUCGUGCCCAACAGCACAGCAGGACUCAUCAUCGGUAAGGGUGGGGCAACAGUUAAGGCUGUGAUGGAGCAGUCAGGAGCCUGGGUACAGCUUUCUCAGAAGCCUGAGGGCAUCAAUCUGCAGGAGCGCGUUGUGACAGUGAGUGGGGAGCCAGAGCAGAACCGCAAAGCAGUGGAGAUCAUUGUCCAGAAGAUCCAGGAGGACCCACAGAGCAGCAGUUGUCUGAAUAUCAGUUACUCCAACAUCACCGGCCCCGUGGCCAACUCCAACCCGACAGGAUCCCCCUUUGCCAACUCUACAGAGGUGUUACCCAACGCCGCCGCAGCAGCUACAGCCUCCACACUCCUUGGCCAGGCGGGUCUUGCAGGCAUGGGUGGGUUCCCUACGGCUAUGUCAAGUCUUUCCGGUAAUGAUCUGCUUGCCAUUACGUCUGCCCUGAACACUCUGGCCAGUUACGGCUACAAUACCAAUACACUGGGGCUUGGCCUUAACCCGGCCGCCGCAUCUGGGGUGCUCGCUGCCGUUGCGGCUAGUGCCAAUCCAGCGGCUGCCGCUGCCGCCAAUCUGCUUGCUACAUAUGCCAGCGAGGCCUCUGGAGGGGGUGGUCACCCUGUCGGACCUAGUUUAGGAGGCUUCACGCUGGGGUCUCUAGCGGCCGCCACAGGGGCUUCUAAUGGGUACCUGAAUCCCUCAUCACCGCUGGUGGCAUCAUCUCUGCUGGGCACAGAGAAGCUGGCAGAAGGUGGAAAAGAGGUGGUGGAGAUCGCUGUGCCCGAGAACUUGGUUGGUGCCAUCUUGGGAAAAGGCGGCAAGACUUUGGUGGAGUAUCAGGAGCUGACGGGGGCACGAAUUCAGAUCUCCAAAAAGGGAGAGUUCAUUCCAGGCACACGAAAUCGCAAGGUGACCAUUACGGGGUCUCCGGCAGCGACACAGGCCGCCCAGUAUCUCAUCAGCCAGCGAAUUACGUACGAGCAAGGCGUCCGUGCCACCAACCCUCAGAAGGUGGGCUAGGGAUGGACAGGAGUGGGGAGGGGAACGACGAAAGCGAAGGAAACCAGAGAGAAUUGAUAGAUGACUGAAUGAAUGAAAUCGAUGGUCGAACGGGAUGAGUAGGAGCAAGAAACGUGUCCAAAUAUUUAAACACAAAAUAAGGACAAUUACAAAACAAAUGAAAAAAAGAUCUGAUGGAACUGUGGAUAGAUUAUCUGUUUGGGAAGAGAUAUUUUGUGAUUGAAAUUCUGCUGUAUUUUUAAAGUUGUUACGUUGUGUAGGUCAGAGUAAUGUGCCCUGGGGCACUCAGAGGAGAAGGAGCUCAAACCUCACUUCCUCUCUCUUAGCCAGGGUCUUUUGAAUUCUAUGUUCUGUUUUUGGCUUUCAUUGCUAAACCCUCACAGUUUAGUUCAUACCUGAUCCACACCCUGAGAAAGGAGAAUUGGAGUUUGAAGCGGUCCCCCUUUUGAUAUCAGUAAAUUCAGUCUCCAUAAGUGUAGGCCUGAAAUGAAAACAAAGAUACCUGUGAACCAUUUCCAUAGGUACUCUUGCCCC